ACAAAAAAAUAUUCUCUCUACAAAUUCUUCCAAUCCAAAAGCAAUAUUGCUAAUCCAACUAGAUUUGUUGAUUCGAUGCACUGAUGCAUAAUCAAUCAUGGAUCACAGUUGCCAUCUUCCUCACCAUCCAUUUCCUCCCAAUUUCCCUCUCCGAACCUCGAAUUUCGGAGCCCGGCUUAUUCUGCGGCGUCGACCGGCCACCGCCCAACGCCAGCGCCUCCUUCAUCCCGCUCUUCACCAGCGCGAUGGAGACCAUCCCGCAGCAGGUCGCAGCCAGAAACUGGGGCAGUUACAUCUUCAACUCCACCAACGCAUCCAUCUACACCCUCGCGCAGUGCCACGCCGACCUCUCGCGCGACGACUGCCUCCAGUGCUACGCCGCCAGCCGCACGCGCCUCCCCCGCUGCCUCCCCGCCUUCGGAGGCCGGAUCUUCCUCGACGGCUGCUUCCUCCGCUACGACAGCUACGUAUUCUUCGCCGAGAGCGUCGAUCCUGACUCCGACGCCGUCAAUUGCACCUCCACGGCGCCGAAUUCCACGCUUCCGGAGGCGGAGUUCAGGAGGAGCGUUUUGGAGGUGAUCGACAACGUCACGGCCGGCGGGAGGUCCGCGACGGCGGGGAUCGGCGGCGCGUUUGUAUUGGCGGAGUGCUGGAACACCGUCGGAGCGGAGGGGUGUAGGGCGUGUUUGGCGAAGGCGAAUUCGGAAAUUAGGCGGUGUUUGCCUAGCAGCGAAGGCCGUGCGUUGAAUGCUGGUUGCUAUUUGCGGUAUUCUACGCAGAAAUUCUAUAAUCAGUCUACUGCAUCAAAUCGUGAUACCGGUGUUUCUAGAAGAGGCGUGAUUGUCGCCGUUGUUUGCUCUGUGCUUGCUUUCUGUAUGCUCUGCCUCUUUGGUGGUUACACCGCGUAUCGGAGAUGGGAGAGACGAAAACAAGAGCGUUAUAAUCUUGGCAAGAUUUCGUAUUCAUACCACAAGUCAAGUUUGAACUUCAAAUACGAGACCCUAGAGAAGGCCACCGACUAUUUUGACCCGAUGAGGAAACUGGGGCAGGGAGGGGCGGGCUCUGUGUACAGAGGGACCCUCCCAAAUGGGACGACCGUGGCUGUGAAGCGGCUCUUCUUCAGCACGAGGCAGUGGGUUGAUGAGUUCUUCAAUGAGGUGAACCUUAUCAGUGGAAUCGAGCACAAGAAUCUCGUGAAGCUUAUUGGCUGCAGCAUUGAAGGCCCUGAAAGCCUUCUGGUUUAUGAAUAUGUGCCCAACCAGAGCCUUGAAGUCUGCCUCUUUGAUAAGAAUCGGGCGAAGAUCUUGAACUGGAAGGAGCGGUACAACAUUGUGGUUGGAACAGCCGAGGGGAUCGCGUUCCUUCAUGAGGGUACCGAGUUGAGGAUCAUCCACAGAGAUAUCAAGGGCAGCAAUAUUCUUCUUGAUGAGAACUUUGAUGCUAAGAUAGCUGAUUUUGGUCUUGCUCGGAACUUCGCAGCUGAUAAAACUCAUCUCAGCACAGGAAUUGCAGGCACAUUAGGAUACAUGGCGACCGAGUACAUAGUGAAAGGGCAGCUCACAGAGAAAGCUGAUGUUUACAGCUAUGGAGUUCUGGUUCUUGAAAUCGUGUGUGGAAGGAAGAACAACGUCUUCGUUGAGGACUCUGGAUCUCUCCUACAAACAGUCUGGAAGCUCUUCAAGGCGGAUAGACUAGCAGAAACAGUCGACCCUUCUCUGAAGGGCGACUUCCCGCCAGCAGAAGCUUCAAAAGUCUUGAAAAUCGGGCUUCUCUGCGCCCAGGCGUCCGUGGCUCAACGACCAUCAAUGGUGGACGUUGUCAGAAUGCUGACAGAUGAAAACUGCAAAAUCCCAGAACCAAACCAGCCACCAUUCUUAAACACUAGUGCCCUUUCAGGCAGCACUACUAGAUCAUCCUGCAGCAUCAACAGUUCCACGUCAAACCCAAUUACACGGCCAGAAACAUCCCAUCCCUCCUCAGAAUCAUUCAGCAUUCAGAGCUCGGAAGGGCCGCGAUCAAGAAGUGACGAAAUCAGGUUAAUAUAGAAGAGUUGUUUUUUUGCAUUAUUGAAUUUGGCGGUUGUAUAGAAAACAUGUAUGUAGAUUUUGUAGUUUUGUUUAUGUUUUAGAAAAGAUCAAAAAAAGAAAUAUAGUUGGAAAUUGUGUAGCAAUAUUUCGUAGGUGUAGAUCAUUAUAGACAGAAUGUAAAAAUUGAGCCAAAUUGUAACACAAUGAGAAGUAAGCAUUUGAAUCUAUGGAUUUGAAACUGUUUUGUGAUUGCAUAA